AGUAUGGACCUGGCGUUGGACUUGGGUGACCAGGACCUGCUGGACUUCCUGCUAGAGGAAAGCGGAGAUUUGGGGGCCGAGCAGCCCCUCUCCGAGACGCUGAGUGAAUGGGAGGCAGAGGAUUUCCUGAGUUCCCUGCUGAGUCCUCCAGCAUCGUUGAACGUCCUUAGCUCCUCUGAUUCCUGUCUUGUUCACCAUGAUCACACCUACUCCCUCUCACAACAUGUCUCCAUAGAUCUAGAUGGUGGGAACUAUGGAAAAGAGGGGGCCCAGACGACUCCACUGCGUGUGGAGGAGCCAGCAGAGCAGGAAAUUGCUAGGCUGAUACUGACAGAUGAGGAGAAGAGGCUGUUGGAGAAGGAGGGGCUUACUCUGCAUGGGACACUUCCUCUUACUAAGAUGGAGGAACAAGUUCUGACACGAGUGCGGAGGAAAAUUAGAAACAAAAAGUCUGCUCAGGAGAGCCGCAGGAAGAAGAAGGUGUAUUUGGGAGGUUUAGAGAGCAGGGUCUUGAAAUACACAGCCCAGAAUCUGGAGCUACAGAACAAAGUGCAGCUCCUGGAGGAACAGAAUUUGUCCCUUCUGGACCAGCUGAGGAGACUCCAGGCCAUGGUGAUUCAGGUGUCAGACAAAACGAGCAGCACCAGCACCUGCGUCUUGGUCCUACUUUUCUCCUUCUGUCUGCUCAUCGUACCUGCUAUGUACUCCUCUGACACAAGGGGGAGCCUGCCAGCUGAGCAUGGAGUGUUGUCCCGCCAGCUUCGUGCCCUCCCCAGUGAGGACCCUCACCAGCUGGAGCUGCCUGCCCUGCAGUCAGAGGUACCAAAGGACAGUUCAGACCAAGAGAUCCAGGCUCCUGGCAACUCUUGCUGCUUGCUGUACCACAUGCCUCAGGCUCCUGGUGCUGAGCCUCCCCUGAAGUGGCCAUUUCCUGUCCCUUCCUCAAAGUCCCCCUGCCCAGGUCCCGCCCUUCCCCUGCAUGCAAAUUUCACAAGAGAUCGGGAAUGGUUCCCUACUCACAGCCCCACAUCUGUUAUCUUACAGGGCAGAUAUUCAGGCUAGAUAUUCAGGCUAGAUUGGGGGGAGGGUGCUAUGCCAGAGCCUGCGGUCCUAGUCUGUGUCCAAAUGAAAGGAAUGGGAGAGGGCUAGUGUGAGCUCAUGCGUCCUGUGUCAGGAAGCCUGAGCGUUCAAACACACCACACUUAACUGGCUUUCUGGGUCUUUUAUUUGUACCCAUGUAAAUCUACCACCCCAUGAAUGGGCCUGGGGGAAUCAACCGACCUCGUUAAACAUUUCAUGCAGUGAGGGGAUUGGGUGAGGAGAGAAAUAAAUAAGUGAUUCUGAUGCUUGGAUCACCUUCAACCCCUCUUUACUGGCACGAUUGGGUGGGGAGAAGGGAAGGGGCAUGAUUGUCUUGGUGGCUCAGGGUUGCAGGAGGCUGGGGGGCGGGGAGCAGUGAAGAGGAAGAGGAAAGGCCAGGCUGGAGGCUGGGCUGUUAGAGCCUCCCUCCCACAGUUCAGAGGGCUCACUUUGGGUUUGUUGUGGCUUCCUUUGGUCCAGGGUUAGGUCCUGUGCUUAGUCCUGUGCCCUGUUCGGCUACUGGCUUGGAGGCCUUUCUGUGCUGCUGCUGCAGGGCCAGCUGCAUGGCCCAGAUGCUCAGCGGCCGCAUGUAGGCCAGCGAGCGGAACACCCGCUGCUGGCAGUAUGCUUCAGGGGUCUGGAAGGCCAGGCCCAGACG